UACUCAAGAUGGGGUUUCACUGCACCCUUGGCCAAGUCAACUUAAAAAACUGAGACUGAGAGUAAGCUUCUUUCUUCUGCUCUUUCUCUCUCGCACACGAUCAAUUAUCAAUAUUCGAUCCGUCCCACCAGCUCCGAUCAGAUCAGAUCAAUGAAGCUCCAGAGUCAAACAGUCUUCUUCAUGUUCUGGUUCUUGCUGGCAACAGCUUCCGCAGACAUUCUGCAGAACCCAGAUUUCGAGCGCCCGCCGUCGAACUGGAGAGCAACCUCCACAGCCCAAUUCUUCCCAUUAGACGAAAACAGCACCACGCUGCCUGGAUGGACAUUCCUGGGCAAAGUUGAGUAUGUAACUGCGGGAUCCAAUCUAAGUCUUCCCCGGAAUGGCCACGCCAUCCUGCUUGCUGACGAAGGCAAAAUCAACCAAACAUUUACAGCCAGUGGAGAGCGAGCGCAGUAUAUUCUGACAUUCGCCGUGGCCAGGGGAAUCCAGGACUGCUCUACCAAUGCUAGCCUCGUGGUGUCUGCGCCCGACUCCACUGUGGAGUUCUCGGUGUCGGGCAAGUAUGGGAAACAACCUUGGCAAGUAUACGGGCACUACAUUGGAAGCUGGGGAGAUGGCGAAUCUGUGAACUUAGUCAUCCAAAGUCAGGCUGUAGAUUCAGAAUCCAACUCCACGUGUUGGCCUGUGGUCGGCGAUCUUUCCCUGCUCGCCAUUACAUCCUCAUCAAUUAAGGUCAAGGAUAAAGAUAAUCUGCUCCAAAAUGGCGGCUUCGAGCUGGGACCUGCAUUCCUCGAAUCCUCCAAUGAAGGAGUUUUAAUGGAUUCAGAACCAAGCCUGACUGAAUCUGCUCUAGAGCAAUGGACAAUACUCGGAACUGUGAAGUACGUAGAUGCAAAGAAUUUCUUUGUUCCGGAAGGCAAAGCUGCUGUUGAGAUCUUGGGAGCCUCAGCUGGUGUACAAACAGCAAAACAACUAACCCGGGGGUCUGAAUAUAACUUACAAUUCAUGCUGGGGGAUGCAAAUGAUUCCUGUUCCGGCGAUUUCGUCGUGGGAGUUGCUGCUGGAUCUUCAGCUCAGAAUUUCACUGUUCACAGUAAUGGAACAGGGUCAGCCAAGAAAUACUCGUUAAAAUUCAAGGGUGAUGGAGAGAGUACAACCUCGAUAAGCUUCCAGGGUUACACGACUAGCCAGCGAAAAGACGGCGUUUUCUGCGGACCAAUGGUCGAUGCCGUCGUCUUGACUGAAUCAAGGGGGUGCAGGUGCAAACCAAAGAUGGGCAGUGUUUUGGUUGGUUUGCUCCUCGUAGCAUUGUUUAAAUUGUUUGAGCUUAUAUGAUCAUGUAUCUGUGAUUCAGCCGAGAAUUUUUUUUUUUUUGCUCUU